UUAUUGUUGAGCUGCACGCGGGCAGUUAGCGGCAAAAUCAGUCGGGUCCAAAAGAGGUCACUAACUCGAGCCAGGUGAGGCUAAACAAUGUUUUGCCCUUUUUGUGGAGUCCAUUUUGGGGCAUUUGUACCCUUUUGUGCUUCUUGCGGACGGUCUUUGGAGCUGUUAAGAGGCACGGAGCAAGCCGGAGGAUCAGACGCUCCCGGUCCGUCGGGCCUACACUCAGCAGGUAUUUCGAAGCAAAAAAAUACAAAUCCCACAUACAAGCAGUUUCUGGAUUACAGAAACUCAAAAUCAAAAGAGAGACAGUCUUUUACCCACUCCAAAGUACCAUUUAAACAACAAUGCAAAACUGUGCAGAUAAACAUUGGAUUAAUGAGCAGACAAGGAUAUGACUUAAAAGCCGUAAGAGGAAAAACUCUCCCAUUAAACACAAACCCGGAGAUAACGGCGCAGGACCUCCUGAAACGGGCUGCAAUUAAAAUGGCCACAUUUAACAAGGACCUGGGUGAGGGGCCGUAUGUUCUUUUAUACCCAGACUGCACCAAGGUGGUGAAUGUGCCAGGGACAGAAAGACCUUUCACACUUGAAGAAUAUAAAAAAGAAAUAGGAAAGAACUACUCCAGAAUCACUCUUUUCAUUUGCUCUGAGAGACACUUUGAAGGAGCAGAUGAUACUUCCGAUUCUGAUUGCGAAGUUGUCAUCACAUCUAAAAGCACAGCAGAGUUCUAUCAUGCCGACACUGUGGUUUUUGAGCCACAAGACUACAGCACCCCUGAUCCCAAACACAUUGAAACAGAAGAAGCUCCAGGACAUUCAUCCACACUACAACCUGGACAGGUUGUGACAUCUGACAUGGAGGAUCUAGUCAAGAGCCCUUAUAGUCAAUACACGGAACUGUGUGCGCCUUGUAUUGAGGAAGAGGAUGAAGAUGUGGUUGAAGUUGCUUCACCAAAUGCACACACAUCAGUGGAAGACACAAACAUUACUCUGUCUGACAUUAUAGGCAACUUGUCCCAUGAUAUUGAUCAUGACAGAGUCAGCAGGUUCAACAUCUCGAGGGCUAAUGUUUGGGAUGGAGCAGUUAGAGGUUUCAAGCGUUCAUCCUACUCUGAAACCUGUGACAUGCUAGUUAACUUUACAGAUGAUGCUGGUGUUUUUGAAGAAGGACUUGAUGCAGGUGGCCCAAAGCGAGAGUUUUUGAGUCUGCUAAUGAAACAUCUUAGAGACCGUCCCAUUUUUGAUGGACCAGAAGGACAUCGGUUCUUGGUCUACAAUGCAAAUGCUGUCAGGGAGGAUGCCUACUACAUAGCUGGGAAGAUGAUUGCUGUGUCAGUUGUGCACGGUGGUCCGGGACCUCACUUCCUGUCAGAAAAUCUGGUUCAUUAUCUUGCUGGACAGACUCUAUUCAGAGCAACAGUUGCUUCAAUAACUGAAGACGAAACAAGGAAAGCUUUACAAGAGCUUGAGAAUUCUACAUCAGUGGAUGUCCUGCGUGAAUGUCUCAUGAAACACAGCACUAUGCUGCAGACAGCAGGUUGUCUGAGACAUAUUUCAAAGAUUGAAGAAAAGAAAGACAUUGUGUCUGACUAUCUCCGAUGGUAUAUAAUCGACCGCAACUCAUCUGUACUUGACAGGUGGAUUACCAAAACACUCUAUGCAUCUGCUCCUGGUCCAGCCCUUCGAUCAAAUUUUAGAACCCUAUGAGGCCUGCGAGUUAAAAAGUUUGCCUACCCCUGAGAUACGCUUUAGUUUCUUUUUGUCUUCUGCUGCAGCUGGACUGAUAUCUGGAUAACCUUUUCACCAGAACAGAGUUCCCUUGUUUAUUUCAGGAGUUACGUUCUAAGAAUAACCAAGAACGAUGAAAUCUGGGGAGUAGGAUUUCGGACGUUUUAUGGCAGUAAAACUCCUCACUACACACUUUCUGCACUUUUCACUUUUCUCACACAUUCCUCUCAAAGUUCAACCAUUCAUAGUAAUAAAGUCCAUAAGUAUAGAAUGAAAGCAAAGAUCUGAUCACGAUCAACGAUUUCUGCAGAUCUUUAAAGCUGUGCGUUUCUGUACAGGAGACACGUCACGAAGGAGAUUGACAAGAUCUCCAGCCAAUCAGAACAUGGUGCGCCGUUUGAAAAAAGAAGCAGCAGAAUCUCUGUAACAAAGUGAGAGAACUGCAAAAGAUGAACUGCGACAUAGAAAGAGAACACUGUCUUCUCUUCUACUUGACAGGGAUUUUUAGAGGGGUUUAGAUUGGGGCACAGACUGCAGAAGGACAGAUUAAAAUGUCAUGUUCUAUGUGGGUUAAUAUCCCAUGGCCAGACUGGAAAUAAAAAUGCGGCUCUGAUAUUGUUUAAGGGGCCGGACGAAACAUGGAGGUGGGCCGGGUCACCCCUAGUCUUGCUCGUUUCCCUAUAUGCGGUUUCAUACACAAAAUGUCUCUGAUCAGAUGAAAUAUUGGAUUAGAAUGGAACUUUCUACAUGAGCCCGGAAAAAAACUUUAACCGAUUAUAACAAACUUUUACAUACGCCAUACUUUCCAUCAGAAUAAAUCAUUUGACGUGCAGAACUGUCUAAAAUACCGGAAACGGCCGUAGAAGAAGAAACAGGAACUUCUGUUGUAAACAAAUGAUGAUUUAGGCAUCUUGCAAUUCAAGGAGAGCUGGAAAACAGACAGGGUUGAUUCUCUUGAGGACCAGGGUUAGUCACCCCUUUUUAGCUGAAUAGAUAUAAAAAAAA